GAGGAAAGAGAUCUUACAUUCUCUCUCUCUAGGUAUCAUACCUCUGCAUCCUUCAAAUAUAUACUCUCUUUCUCCCACUGGGUCAGUCUCUCUCAUCUCAUGCCUAGCUAUCUGGGAACCCUGCAAUUCCUUCGCCUCUUCCUGCCAUCCUACAGCAUUUAUUAUCCUCUUGCUAGGUCCUAGACAUUUGCCAUUCUCCUACCACCAUCCUAGUCUUGUCACUCUCUCUCUCUCUAGCUUCUUUGUAGUUUAUAGUCUGUAAACACAACACCUAUGGAAAUCAUAACCCACUCAUGACCUAAUAAUCACCCAAAAGCUUCUAUUUAUUCCACCAUUCCACACCAUCUCCUUUUCAUUCGCCACUCUAGUCCACCACCUAUCUCUGUCUCCCUUUCCCAGUAUCAACCCUUCCUCGUUCUUCCAAAACGCUCUUCACCUAAACUUUAAUUCUCAGCAGAAGAAAGACUCUCUUCAUAUUGGUUGUCUUGAUCUUCCCGUGCCUGCUCCGUUGAGCUUAAAUGGCAACCAUCUUUCCUGAUCUCUCACUCCACAUCAGUCCACCAGCGAUCUCCGUAGACGGAAGCUCGGUGACGGGGGUUUUCUUUGGGGAAGCAGCGACGUCCAUCUCCGGCAGAAGCGAGGGCGACAUGGGCCAUGAUCAAGCCUUCUUGCACCACGACCAAGGUCGGGAGUUCGACCAUGCCGAACCGACGCUGAGCCUAGGGCUGGAGGCGCCGGGGUCAAGUGUCGCUGAUCGCCACGACCUACACCACCGCGAUCACCACCACCAUCAUCACCAUGACCAACUUCGUCACCCUCAGACCUAUGGAUUUAAGAGGAACUCACGAUCGGCUCAAGGAGGGAAGAGGAGCGUCAGGGCUCCAAGAAUGAGGUGGACUACCACCCUCCACGCUCAUUUUGUCCAUGCGGUGGAGCUCCUCGGCGGCCACGAGAGAGCUACGCCAAAAUCGGUCUUGGAGCUGAUGAACGUGAAGGACCUCACGCUAGCUCAUGUAAAGAGCCAUCUGCAGAUGUAUAGAACAGUGAAGAGCACUGACAGGGGAGCGGCAGGCCAAGGUCAGGCAGAAAUGUGCUUCAACCAGAGGAGAGGGAUGGAGGAAGUGGAGGGAGGACUGUCAUGUGAUAAAGCUGGGAAUGAGAUCACCCCUCCUUGUAGUUCCCUCAGCACGCCAACCCCACCAACACCACAAUCCAAGUCUCCUAGAAAGCUAAAUCCAUCUGGAGAGGGGUGUGCUUGGAACAUUGCACGCUUGCUAAACAAUGACAAUAAGGUACUACUGAUGGAGGAUCAACCACAAGAACUGAGACCAACUCUGGUGCCACCCUCCAUGCCUCCCCGGAUGCCUAACCUUGAAAUCACAUUGGGCCGCCAGAGUUGGCAGAUGGCGUACGCUGAAACUUCAAACGAGAUGACUCUUCUCAGGUGUUUGUGAAGUUAGGAGGUGUCCAACUACAUCAUUUUUCAUGUCGACGAAAAAUGGAAAGAGAAAAAGGAAAGAAAGAGAAGAAAUCCUGCUGUUUUUGAGCUUUCAUCGAGGCUGGAGAACUUAGUGAUGUGGAUGUAAAAUACUUUGGAUAGCAUUUGAGUCGACUACUGUGUGCUGCGAAUGCUGGUUGGAGAUUGCGCAGAUCAUUUUGAAAACAUUUCACAUCCCAAAUAGUAGAAAAAAGAUUUCCAGAUUAAUCUGCGGAUUUCCGAUUACCAACAGAAGUCAAACCUCCUACCCUACAAGAAGACGACAGAAGUCAACCUUCCAAUUCGCUGACGCAGUCAUCGUUCAGCCGCAGGUUCCGAAAAAGAAAAGCCCACAGAAAAACGAUGCAGGAUUGAACUUCCGAUAUCAUAUCCAUGAGAAAAGUAGAUCAUGGAAAAGAAGACUGUGGGCGAGUGAGAGCACACAGAAGGAACAGCGAAAGGCAUGCAGCAUAUCGUGUCCCUUGGUUUUCCUUCCGAAGCCGAGAGCUCUUUUUAUACAAGAGCUCUCCAGCUUGUUUCUAGCUCAGGUCUCUCGUCUGCUACCUUGGCCAUGUCGAGCUUGAUGGAGAUUUGGAGUGCAGGGCUCGAAAAGCUUCGCACGAAACGCCAUGACGGCGUCUUCUCGUCCGGGGGUCGAGGCAGCGUCAAGAAAGAGCGGGAGACAUCUCUUCUUGGCUUCCCACGCCUGAGUCAGGCCGUGAAAAGCAAGUUGCUGCAGCAAUCAGAAGAAUGCAUCGACUCCGAAACCACUCUGUCGAUUCUUGUAGAUUGCUUUGGCCUUUAGAUUCAGUUCUUGAGGCAUGUUCAGCUAACCAAAGUUUUGUAUUCAUGUAUCUGUCUCAGUACGCUCCCGUAUGUACUCAUGCUGUUAUAUUGGCGAACAUUUGCAAUCAUCCGAUCUCUUUCUCUGCGGAACACUAUCUUUUAAACUUACCAGAAACAUUACACUCCUGUGAAGUAGAAGGCGUUCUUGUUUUAUACCCAGAAACAUCAUAACCGAGAAUUUACAUCACAAUAAAUCCUUGUUUUGAGAAGAUACGAUAGGCAUCAUGUUAUUCAAAGUAUUUCUAGUUCUACUAUUAUCUUCUUUCUUCAUGAAGUUCGCAGAAAGUCAACAAUCAGGACAAAAGUUUGCGUAAAGUCAACAAGAAAGACAAGGGAAUCAAAGAGUGCCCAUGCACACAAAAAGGAAGAAGAAGAUGCGGUAGAUCCUUGCCAAACAAGAAAAACCCUCCAACUCAGCCCAAAUCGCCAUCAAUCAUCUAGAUCAUUUCUAAUCCGUGUCAAAUUGUGUAGGCGUUGAUGUGACACCUACGCGGUUCACCGAGCAAUUCCCUGCAGCGGAAGCCAAUGGGCUGGGAAAACCAUUGCGUGACGCAGCCAAUGUGGGGGGCAACAGAGAUAAGAAGAGACGACCGUGGAGCUCAACCCCUGCUUUCUUCCUCCUCCUCUCGAUAUAUACUUAGCGAAACCUGUGUAGCUUUGAACAGGAGCAUUCUGAGAAGAAGUAGCAGAGAUGUCAGGCUUUGUGGGAAUGUGGGUGGGUGGAGUCAUUGCCAAGCUCGGGAGUAAACAGCAGAGCACCGGGACUUGCAGCUCCGCCAGGCAGGAGGAAGACGAGGUGAAAGGAACCGAAGUACUGCUUACAGCGGAGGAGGAAGCUGUUCGGGAGAAGCGGCGGCAGAGGAGGACGACCACGCUCUCGGAAGCCACCGUUUGCAUGCUCAUGGAUCGGUUCGCGCCCAGUUGAUCCUUAAAACAUGUAUGUAAGUGAGGGCAGACUGCUUCCUACUGUUCUGCAUCUGCCGCAACUGCAGAGCAGGAGAUAUACUCCUAAAUCUGUGUGAAAUAUAUAGGGAAAUAUUGAUAUUAUGAUCACAAGGUAUAAAAA